AUGUCCAAUCUGCUGGAAGUGGUUCUCGACGGUCCUGAUCCGGCGCUGUAUAAAACACUUCCUAGUAGUGAGGUUGCUGAUGAUGGCGAUGUGUUAGCAGGGGUUAUGGAUGAUGUCUCGGCGAGGAAUGAAUUGCAAGGGUAUCUGGACGAGUUGGAAUCUGAAUCUGAGGAGGAAGAGGAGGACUGA